AUGGGCCAGCACGCCUCCGUGCCUCAAGAGGGCAAGAAGCUGCAGGUCAUCGGCGCCGGCCUCAGCAGAACCGGCACCACCUCAUUUGGCUCAGCCCUCUCCCUGCUACUCGAUGGUCCCGUCUACCAUGGAGGCACUCAGCUGCUAUCCUCGCCUGAAUCACACAUCAACCAGUGGAUUCGCACCUUCGAACGCACACCCAUAAAGAACGACCAAGAUCGCAAGUACGUUCUCGAGAACGUGAAAGAGCUGAUGGACGGAUUUGUUGGCUGCACAGACUUGCCAGCCAACUGCUUGGUGGAAGAGCUGAUGGAGAUAUACCCAGACGCAAAAGUCAUCUGCACCGUGCGCGACCCGGAUAAGUGGUGGACCAGUCUUGCGCCCAUUGUCGAGAAGGGCAACUUGACGCUGCUUUCCUGGAUCCUGGCUCCUCUACCAACGCUACGGCGAUUCCGCAGAUACCACGACGUUCUGGACGAGGGACAGGUGGGCCACCUGUAUUUCAAGCCCGGUGAGCCACAACGGCCAACUCGCGCCAUGUAUGAGCGCCAUAUCGCACAUCUCAAGAAGGUAGUGCCCAAAGAGAAACUCUUCUUCUUCGACGUGCGAGAUGGCUGGGAGCCUCUGUGCGCCAUGCUUGGUGUGCCCGUGCCCAAAGACACACCUUUCCCACGUAUGAACGAUGCCCAGGCUAUCGAGGAGUUCAUGAAGAAGAAUGUCCAGAGAGGUCUGAUGGCGUGGGCUGCUAUUCUGGCGACCGGCGCUGCGGCGGGAUACUAUGGCGCGAAGGCCUAUGGCCUAUUCUAG